GCGGCGGCUCCGCGGCGGGCGCUAAAAUGGUGCACAUCGGCGGCUCUUUGCGCCGCUUUCCUGGGCCUGGGUUUCUUCUCCCCCCCCCACCCCCGGUUGUCCAUGCGAGGCGACCUCGCAUUUCCCUCGCAAUGCUGUCGAAGGCCCUCAGUCCACGGAGGAGCCGAAGGAACUUCAGGACGGGACUCGGCACGUUCCGGUCCUUGACACGGACAGAAAUGCGGUGUCACCGCCAGUAGAUGCGUAAAAACAAGUACACACAGGUGUGUGUGAGAGAGGGAGUCAGCGGUGGAGGGAUUUGCGGGGCGCCUAUUGCACUGUUCUCCUCAAGUACUUGAAAUAUAUUAGCGUGGCCUUCCCAGGAAUGUGGACUAGAGUUUUCAUCCACUGCAGCCAAGUGAAGAUUUGCAGGUGGUUGUGGCCCAAAACACCUGGAAGGCACUAGGAUGCCAAAGGAUAAUAUGGUGAAUGGGGCACUCCUGUGUAGUGCAGCUGCAGUCCCAAAAUAGAAGCCCUCAGUUGGUUAGGAUUUAGAUCCUGCCUUUUGCCAGGAUGGCCUUAAGAUAGCUUGCAAUAUAUAUAUUUAACCAUAUAAAUUAAAUAGGUCAGAGCAGCAGCAACAGAAAAAUCCAGGUAAAAAGGAGAAGUAUAUUUGUAGGGUCAAAGGAUGAAGAUCUUGUUGCCUAUUAUAUGAAACCACCUAGUGGUUUCUGAGGAUUUUGAGUCAGGUGUCGCCAAUCCAUAUGCUGCUGAUGCUCUGCAGUUUUUUGUGGUUAAGGUGGGAGAGUGGAAGUGCUAAAUUGUUGUUUGAUCUUAAAUUUAUUAAUCCAUUACCAAGCCCAGUCUCAGCAAAAUGGAGGUGCUGUUGGUAGGUGAUUCUUCUGUCUCAGACAUGGUGUUCAACCUAUUGAAGGUGGGGGUUAUAUGUCUAGCAUGUACCAGUAGUUUUUUUUAAGUCACAUCAUUUUGGUUAGAGUGGCUCCUCUUGCACUGAAAUAAGCUCUGGUAAUCAUAAUGUACUUGCUGCUUUUGACGAUUAUCUGGAAACCACAGUUAGUUCACAAUAUAGCUGAUUGGGGUGGUUUCAUGAGCAUUUAAUUGAUCUUAAAACUGCUUUUGAUCUUACUCCUAAAAAUUUUUAAUGGGAGAAUAAAUAUUUGUAUUCUGUAGAUAAGAUACUUCUUUAAAAAUUUGAAUUACAAGUAAUAAUCUCCCAUUAUCCCACUGAUUUCAGUUGCUCUUACUUCUGGAUAAGUGUGCUUAGGAUUGCAAGGAGUGUUGUCACCUACUGACUUAUUUUUAUUUUUUUAUGCCAAGUUUAUUAAUAACAGAAAGUAUGUUUGAUUUGCACUUCACAUUGAUAUUUAUUUAUUUCCAGGGUAUGGCCAUUGCUAUCCUAGGGCCCACAUUUGAAGACCUGGCUGCAAAUGUGAACAAAAAUGUCAGUCAAAUUUCUUAUAUUUUUGUGGGCCGUUCAUCGGGGUACUUUGGUGGUUCUCUGAUUGGCGGUAUACUUUUUGAUUGCAUGAAUGCCCAACUUCUCUUGGGAUUUUCUAUGCUGGGUACAGCUCUGGGUCUUUAUGUCAUCCCCUGGUGCAAUAAAGCACUUCUGUUAACAUUCAUGAUGUCUGUCAUUGGGUUUGCAAUGGGAGUCCUUGAUACAGGUGGCAAUGUUCUUGCCUUGGACACAUGGGGAGCAGAGGCCGGUCCGCAUAUGCAGGCCUUACACUUCAGUUUUGCUCUGGGUGCUUUUGUGGCUCCCAUCCUGGCCAAGAUGGCGCUAGGUGGCUCCGCUAUUGAUUCUCCGGUUCUGUUGGGUGGUAAUGUUGACAAUCAGUCUGUCGUGAAUUCUCUUCCUGCUGCUACACCAGUCCUGAAGCUGCAUUUAAGCUUGAACUUUAUGUGGUCUUAUGUUGUUAUAGGCAGUUAUCUUUUGCUUGUUGCAUUGUUUUUCCUUGUUUUGUGUUUGAAGAGCAGUCCCGUCCGCGACAGGACAAAGUUUUCCACACAGAAAUACGAGAUUGCUAAAUACCACCGUGCCGUCAUAUGUCUCCUCUCUGUGUUCUUUUUCUGGUAUGUAGGGGCAGAGGUCACUUAUGGUUCUUACAUUUUUACCUAUGCAAAAACCUUUGCUGGCAUGAAGGAACAUGAAGCAGCUGGGUUGAAUUCCCUCUUUUGGGGAUCAUUUGCAGCUUGCAGGGGACUGGCAAUCUGUUUUGCUGCUUGCUCUUACCCUGGAACUAUGAUCCUUCUGAGUGUCAUAGGUUCCACUCUGUCAUGCCUAUUCCUGGCACUGUUUAGUACAUACCCAAUCUCUCUGUGGCUUGGCUCUGCAGUGUAUGGAGCGUCCAUGGCGACUAUCUUCCCUAGCGGCAUUUCCUGGAUUGAGCAGUAUACAACCAUCCAAGGGAAAUCUGCAGCAUUAUUUGUAAUGGGUGCAGCUCUGGGGGAAAUGUGUAUUCCUGCAGUGGUUGGCUUCCUUCAAGGACACUUUCCUGCUAUCCCUGUGCUCAUGUAUUCUGCAUUGGGAGCAGCAACCAUGACAUCAGUGCUGUUCCCCGUGAUGUAUAAAUUAGCUACAUCACCCUGUGAUGCUAAACUGAAGGGUGCUGGAGAUGGUGAGCUCCAGGAAGCCUUAUUAUCCCAUUCUCAUCUUGAGGAGGAGGAGGAGGAUGAUGAUGGCAGAGAAUGGAAUGAAGUAGACUUUGAAGUAAUUGAGAUGAAUGACACUAUGAGGAACUCUGUCAUAGAAACAUCCAAGAAGAUCGAAGGGGAAUCAACACCUGCCACCUCUGGUCACCCUUCUUCAAGAAACAUUUUUAAUUCUUCUCCUCAGCUUACUCUCGGCUCCCCAAAACAAAAGAAUUCUAGUAAGAAUGACUAAGCCUCUCUUGCUUUAAGAACAAGAGGUUCACCAGACACUUCAUUAAAGUGGUGAGAAGCUUGGUUCAAUCCCAGUUAAAUUUGGUUUUUGGUAUAACUGUGUAUUUGCAGGUAGCAAAAAGGGAUGAUGUGGUGGAGCCAUUUAUGCGAGCGUGAUGGUAGUAGAAAAAGCAAACAAAAGCCAGGUUUUCAUAAAUCCAUAUUCUAGUGGUUCUUUAGGCAGAUGGUGAGCUUACAUCUGGGAAGUGUAGUAAAAUAAUCACGACUGUCUUGAUUCAUAUCUGAUUUCUAUACUGAACAUUGUAAGCAAGCUUUGACCAAAGGAGGUUGCAUUUCAUUUGAACCAUAGUGUGAUACUUAGCAAGGUACCUUAUGAGGGCACCAGGGAUAGUCCUCAUUCUGUAAAUAGCUAUCUUUGUGUUCCUAAGAUGUUGAUUCCAAGAUUUACUCUAAUAAUAAGUAUAUUUUUAAGAAAGUGAAAAAAAUGUUGUUUUGCAGCUUUUGAAUAGCUGUAUCUGAAUUAUUUUCGAAAAGCAAAAGUAUCACAUUAUGAAAAUAUUUAAUUCUUUAGUACUUAUGUUAUUGAUACAGGCAAUUUUUAAUUUGUUUGGAGGUUAUGUUCCCGUGCACAUCGAUGGAGCACGUGUAAGCCUGUUCUGCUCCUGCCCCACCCCUUUUCGUGACAUCUUUAGGAGGUUUGGGGGCUACUUCAGGUUCAGAGCCAUGUGGGUGAUUGCACAUCGUUCAGACAAUCCUAAAUUGAUCGUUGCCUGUACUUUCUCUGGGAGCAAGCUAAAACCCAGGCACAUCUAUUUCCCUUUUAGUAUGAGUAAGCCCUAUCCAUCCUAUUUUCAUUAACAGAACUUACAAGUCAUAUCAUUUUAUUUUAUUGAAGCACAUGGCAACAGCAGUUUGCUAGGUUACUGUAGAAGGGAAAUUCUGUAAUCUAUAAUGGCAGUUCAUCCAGAUCCUUACCCUCAAUAAUGCCACUUGGUAGAGGUGUUCUUUCUAGAACAUGCAGAAUGUGGUUUAAAGAACACAACAUUGCAAGCACUCACUAGAAGAGCACAGGCUGUGCUUUCUUCCCCCACUCCAAUCCAGGCAUAAGUUCUCAACUUAUUAGUGUACAGACUGUCCAUACAUAAUAAAUGCUCUUUUGUAACUGCUGUAUAAUUGGAAUGGCAUUAUUUAUGACUUUACAAUUAAAUGGCAAGAUUCUGUGGUAUGUGGUUUGUUCAUGGUGAAACAGAGGAAUUGUGGACUGGAACUUGGGAAAGCUAGCAUUUUGGCUGUAGACAAUGAAGCUACCUCAAUGGGAUGAUUCUUAAUAUUAAAAGCUGAAUAAGUGAAGAUGUCAGUCUUUAAAAAACUAAGCAUUAAUAUGCAAUAAAUUGCGGAUUAGACUAAAUUUGUACACCAUUUCACAAUUAGAAAUAUUACAAACUUAAAAAGCCAGAGUUAAUUGUGUUUCCAUUAACUGAAUCUCAUUAGUAAAUUUCUUAACAGUUUGAACUGCCCGAAGUGUGUAUAUCCAACUUAUUGCCUGUAAGAACUAGGAUCCAAAAUACUACUUUACGCAUGCAUAAAGGAUUGAAUAUGCGCAGGGGAUUGUUUACCCUCCUCAUUUUGAAUGGUGCACCUCAUUGCCAUAACAAGAAGUUUUCCAUGCACUAUGAAAACCUGUUGUUGCUGAAUUAUGGUUUCAAAGUUUCUUUGGGGCCACAGAUGAAGCCAUGUGGUUGUGUGGUAGCCUUUUUGUUGAUGAAAAUAGCUGCCGAUUGUUGGGUGAAAUCAAAUCAAGAGCAUGGUAAUAGCUUAUGUUUUUGAAGAAUUUGUGCUGAGUUGUGGGUGUUGGGUAUUAAAGGUCAUAUUAAGGAUUCUUGCUCUUGCUUGGGGUUCUAAGUACUGUAAAUACUGUACUGUAACUCAAAACUCAGUAUUUACUUGAGGAAUCGGGUCCUUUCCUACAAUGCAAAUGUUAUUCCUGGUAUAUUUGUGAUUGUUUUGUAUGAAAUGGCAUUAUGAAAUAGAUCAGUUCUGCAAUUUGCACCUUUUGACAACUUGUUUUAACUCUAAUCAAUGCUACAUUUGCCUUAAAUGUUAUAGCUCUUAUUUGGGUCUGAUUAUUAUUUUCUCUCAAGUGUGUGUCUAUUGGUAAGGUAAUUUUGUAAUGUAAAUGUAGCUAGGGAGUUAAUUGAUUGUGUUUACAGGGGUAUUGGGAAGUGUGAUAUUUUCUUGAAUAAAAAUUAUUUAUUUAUCAA